AGGGUUCGAUACCCUGCAUCUCCAUUCUUAUUUUGUAUUUUUUCCUUCCCUCGAAAUCUGGUUUGUUCAUCUAGUUUAAAUUGGAGCUGCCAAAAACUCAUCUCCAUUUUGUUCUUCCAUGCCCAAAAAAUGGCAGUCGUCAGAUAUCGACAUAUUAUCAUCACUAAGUUCCCAUUUAGCUUCGUCUUUCACCAACGUUUUAGUUCCUUGACUUCCGAUUCCAUCAACCCCACGGCGGCGCCACCUACGGCCGCCCCCCACAACGACAUUCGACUGGCAAUUGACCCGACACACCUCCGCCGCGUCUGUACCGUUCUAUAUCAGCAGCAGAACUCCUCCGAUCUCAGGCUUCACUCCAAACUUCGCGCCUGUAGUUUCAACCUCUCGCACGAAUUCUUCCUCCAGGUCUGCAACACCUUCCCUUUCUCAUGGCGACCCGUUUAUCGCUUCUUCCAAUUCACCGAAACCGACCCGAAUUUCACUCACACGGCGGUCUCUUUCAACAAGAUGAUUGAUAUUGUUGGAAAAUCUCGAAAUAUCGAUCUCUUGUGGGAUUUGAUUCAGGAAAUGGGACGGCGGCGUUUGGUGACGGAUAAGACCUUCGUUGUUGCUCUGAGAACGCUGGCGGCGGCAAGGGAAUUGAAGAAAUGUGUGGAGCUUUUCCAUUUGAUGAAUGGAUAUGGAUUUGGUUAUAGCUUAGUGACUUUGAACAAAGUAGUUGAGAAAUUGUGUGGCUGUAAACUUGUGGAUGAGGCCAAGUUUCUGGUUUUGAAAUUGAAGGAAUGGAUCAAGGCUGAUGGGGUUACUUACAAGUUGUUGAUCAAGGGAUUUUGCGAUGUGGGAGAUGUGAUUGAAGCUUCAAAGAUUUGGAACUUAAUGGUGGAAGAUGGGUUCGAGGCUGAAAUGGAAGCUGUGGAGGAGAUGAUGAAUGUUCUUUUCAAGGCCAACAAAUUCGGUGAAGCUUUGAAGCUUUUUCAGGCAAUGAGGUCAAACAGGAUGAAUGAUUUGAUCCCUUCAACUUAUAGUCUUGUGAUUAAAUGGUUAUGCAACAAAGGCAAGAUGAGGCAGGCCUACAAUGUGUUCGACGAAAUGCUUAAGAGAGGGUUUGAAGCUGAUAAUUCAGCACAUUCUUCACUAAUCUAUGGGGUUUUAGCUAGAGGGAGGAGGAGGGAAGCUUAUAACAUAAUGGGAAGAAUUGAGAAUCCUGAUUUGAGUGUUUAUCAUGCUAUGAUUAAGGGGCUUUUGAGGCUGCGAAGGGCAAGUGAAGCGACACAAGUUUUUCGGGUAAUGAUUGAAAGAGGGUGUGAGCCUAUAAUGCAUACAUAUGUAAUGUUGUUGCAAGGACAUCUAGGGAGAAGGGGGAGGAAGGGAAUGGAUCCAUUGGUGAAUUUUGAUACCAUUUUUGUUGGAGGUUUGGUGAAGUUUGGGAAGUCAUUGGAGGCCACAAAGUAUGUGGAGAGAGUGAUGAAAAGAGGGCUUGAAGUGCCAAGGUUUGAUUACAACAAGUUUUUGCAUUACUAUUCGAAUGAGGAGGGAGUGGUGAUGUUUAGAGAGGUGGGGAAUAGGUUGAGAGAAGUUGGGUUGGUUGAUUUGGCUGAUAUAUUUCAGAGGUAUGGGGAGAAAAUGACCACUAGAGAUAGGAGGAGAGAUCGAGCAACUGUGUCGUCUCAGAUUUGAAAUGCUCUAUUGGAUAACAAAUCGCUAUGAUGUCCAGCAAGACAUCGGCUGUGUCGAGUUGAAAGGAUCAGGUGUUUGAGGUGAGAUAGGAGGAGAGAUCGAGCAACGGUGUCGUCUCAGAUUUGGAAACGCUUAGCACGACAAACUGGCAAUCCAUUCAAGGCAAGGAUGGUUUUGGUUCUCAUGCUUGGCUUAAUCGAAGAAAUUGAAAGUUUACUCUUCACAGCUAUGUCACCUUGAACCUGAAAUCAAACUGAUUCAUGCCCCCUGCAAAUAGUAACAUGCUAGUAAAUAUAAAUGCCAUUUGUGCCAUUUGUACCAUUUGUACCAGAAUCAGAGGAUUCUUCAUGGAUUUUGAAUUUAGGCUAAACUGAUUUUCACUCUAUAAGAAGUUGGGGUGGUUGGCAUAA